AAAAAUAAAGAUCCCUCUCUUCUCUCUCCCUCAAUCCUUCUGCACUCUGCACCAACCAAAUAAUGGGUCCGAUCGUGUUAACCCAGUUAGCCACCGGGCUCAGCGUCCUAGCCGGAGCGGUUCUCGUCAAGUCCGUCAUGGACCACAACCCCAUGGCUAAACCCUUCCCUCGUUGCUCCACGUGCAACGGAACCGGUCGAGUCACGUGCCUCUGUUCUCGUUGGUCCGACCGUGACAUAGGUUGCCGCACCUGUGCUGGUUCGGGCCGAAUGAGUUGCAGCAGUUGCGGCGGAACCGGAACCGGCCGCCCCAUUCCGGCUAGAAUCGCUGUACCGCCGCCGAACCGUCCUUCGAGUUAGACCGGUUUGGUUUUUAGAUCCUUGUAUUAAUUAACGUUAGAUUUGAAAUUUCCUAGGUUUUUAUAGUUUUUUUGUUUUUUUUUCCUUUCCUUUCCUAUAUUAAAACAAUUUGAUAUGCUAUUGUUAUUGUAAUGCAAAGUCCAUGGUGAAUGAUAAUUGAAACAGAGGGAGGGAACUAUUGGUUUGUAGUGACAAUAUUGUAAUUAGAUUAUUAUAAAGGUAAAGAAUU